AUGUAUGAUAAUCAAAAUUACCAACAAAAUACCAAUCAUUAUACAAAACAAUUGAAUCAGUAUUCACCUAAAAAUAUUUAUGCAAAUCAAAAUAAUUAUUACAAUGAAAGGUAUAAUCAAUCAAGAGUAAAAUACCCCAAUAAAGAUAUUGAUAGAUAUACUCAAAUAAAUGAUAAAAAGAAUAUUGAACAAAGACCAUAUUAUCCUAAUUAUGAAAGAAAAGAAGUAGUAAAUAAAAAUAACAAAAAGUAUUUAACAGAAUCAACAUUAAAAUCAACAAAAAUUGAGACAUUUUCUGUGAAAGCCGCGAAAGGAAAAUUCUUCGUAUAUACAUUACAUUCAGGACGAUUAUUUACAAGAGCAGUUGAUGUUAAAUGGGCUGCUACAAUAACAGGAAAACCUGAUUUACCACCAUGGCUUCAUAUCUUUCAAUCAAAACAUAAUGCUAUUUCAUAUUUAAUUGGGACACCAGUAACUUCAGCAAAUUUAGUUUCUUUACAUAUAAUAGCAAGAAAAAUAGAUACAUAUGAGACUGGUGAAUUUUUUUUAAAUAUUGAAUUAACAGAAGAUGUUAGAUAUAAUAAUUAUACACAACAAAUAGCUGAAAUUCAUAUAAGAAAUGUUAAUGCUGAAAAUUUAAUAUCAAAUUCAGGUGGUAAAAUUGAUGAAUUAGAAACAAGUAUAAGACAAACAUUUAAAGGGAAAGAUUUAAAUCCUUAUAUUUUUAAUAUUGAAUCACCAUCACCACCAGAUGGUAAAGUUUUAUCUGUUCUUCGUGAUAAACCACUUGGUGCCAUUAUAUAUAUUGGUACACAAAGAAAAUUUCACUCUAAUGUUUUCCAUUUAAUGAAAGGUUUACAAAAUAAUUUUAAAUAUUGUAAUAAUAGUCAAAUUAUUCCAUUCAACAAAUAUUUUCACAAAAAAUUUGACAUUAAUUGGUGUAAAUUUAAUAUUAAAAACUCAACAAUGCCAAAAAGUUUACAUGAUCUAGAGAUGAUAGAGGAAAAAAAAUUAUAUAGAAAUGAAACUGUUUUAAAAUUAAAUGAGUUAUCAGGAAAAAAAGAAGAAAGUUCAGAAAAAUAUACCCCAUACUACCAUUUUUGGGAGUCUGUUUUGAUAUUUCCUUUGUUAGCAGUUUUUUGUAUAUUAUUAGUAUUACUACUAUCAGUUAUCUUUUUUGGACGUAGAGAAGGUCAACAUUGGCGUGACUAUAAAACACCAAAAGAACAAUUACAAGAAUAUAUGGCUGUUAGAGAAUCGCAACAACGUCUUCGUGAACUUUCCGUUCAAAGGCAGAUGAUGUCAAUGGCAGCAUCAGUUGAUCGUAAUGCUGAUUUACAAUCUGAUAAUGUAAUACCAUCUGGAAUUGGAACAUUCUUACAACCAAAGCACAGAAAUACUGAUUCCGAAAAUUAUGAUGCUUUAUUAUCUAAUUCAUCAAAUAACAAUCCUAAAAUGUACUCAUCACAAUAUUUAAAUCAAAAAAAAUUAAAUGACAAACGUUAUCGUUUACCUACGACAAUUUCAACAGGAAGUAUGUCAAAUAUGGCAUCAAUUGGUUCACAAAAUCACUCAGAUAAAGAUUUAUUAUUUAAUAGAAGUACAACAGUAGGAAAGCAAACUGUUGCUGAAGCAGCAAAAGCUACUGGAAGUUCAUUACAUUUAUAUAAGAAUCCUUUCGAUGAUAUUGAUGAUGAUAAAGACUUUGAUCUGAGUACAGAUAUCAAUAAUUAUGCAGAAAUUGAAGAAGAUAUCAGAAAUGAAGCAAAACAAAUGAAUUAUUACAAUAAAAAAUAA